UGUAAGCCACGGGGGCUGCUCUGAGGCCUCAUACAGGCUCACACGAGCAAACGCAAAGGCAAAGGUUUGUGUUCGCGCACAUCAAAACUGUAUCACUGGCCGGUUAUCAGUCCUUAUCACAGCAAGCCCGGCCCGGCUGGGCUUAGCUGACUGUCCGGCGAACUAGUAGGACGUGACAAGCACACAGCAGCGCAUCGUCUCGUGACACUCAACCCCCUCCGCGACCUUGGGGACUCCUGGGCGCCCAACCUCACUGCAGCACAUGGAGCGCCAACACCAAGAAGGCACCAGGGAUGCAGGCGGCUGGUGCUGGGACUGCCGCGCCGCUGCCGAGCCCCGCUCCUGCCGCCAGCACGAGGUCCUCGACACCGAGGCCGCUCUCGGGCGCCACCUGCAAGGCGUGAUGGCGGAGGCCGCCAGCCAGCUAGGCGGCCUGCUGGGCCAGUGCCAGAGGGAGCGCGCCCUGCAGGCCCUCACGCUGCUGGCCACCGAAUCGUGGGACCUGACGCUGCGGGGCGGUGGGCGCGAGCUGAAGGGCACCGUGCGGGACACCGAGGACCCCCUCGUCAAGGCCGUAUGGCUGGUCCUAGCGACCAGGGCCGCGCUGACCGAAGUGGACCUCGAGAGAGGAGGGGAGAUGGGAACUCAGCCGGAGUCGGAGCGGGAACCGAUACCGGAGCCGAGCAUCUUAGCUGCGCAGUGCCCUCCGGCUGAAGAGGCCGACCAACCACGACUCGAAGUGAACGUUAGCGAAAUCUGCGCCAGGGACGAUUCGGAAGAAAAAGCAGCAGCCCUGGGGAACGUCAUAGGGGUGGAACGGCUAGUCGGCGUGUACUGUCAUUCGGACCCGGCCUGGAGCCUGCAGCUGCUGCAGCGCGCCGCGCCCACGGUGGAGCAGCUCAGCGUCAUGUACUCCCGCGAGCCGCACCUGCGCGCGGUGCACGCCAUGCCCCGGCUUAGGAGGCUGUUCGUCUGGGGAGACGAUGGCGCCCUGGACGCUAAGCCCCCGGAGCUGCCCCCGCUUCCGCCAGGACACGGCAACUUGAGGUGGCUCACCGUCUGGCUCCCCCGCGCCACGCUGCAGUCCCUGCUGCAGGCUCAUGGCCACUCGCUCGAGGAGCUGGCGCUGCUGGUGGGCACGGCGGGCGACGAGGCCUGGCCAUCCAGCUGCAGCGACCUGCACUCGCUGCUGGGGCAGUGCGGCCUGCGGGCGCUGCAGAGGCUCGUGCUGUGGAGGGUGGUGGCUUGGCUGCACGACACAGCCGCCUGCUGCGAGCAGCGCACCGAGGUGCGCCGGGUGCUGCCCGCAGCCGAGGUGCUGUGCAGCCUGUGCGACCCGGCCGUGACGGGGCGCUUUUAGCCACGCAGUGGGUGACAGACACCAGGGUGACACUAAUAUCCUCUGUGCGAUAAUGCCAAAUAAACCAAUUUGCCACUGUCAAAAGCGAGUA